GAAGCGCGCGGGGGAGGACGAUUGUUCAGAGCAGCAGCUUCUCAGUCUGUUGGCGGUUUUAACUAGGUUUAUAAAUAACAAGGUUAGGAUUUUAUUUUGUUUAUUUAUUUUAUUUUUUUUUUACAAGCAUGGCUCAAGCUCGAGUCACUGAUUAUUUUGCACAGUCUAAGAAAGCAGGUGUUGAACGGUCCCUGCGAUCGAAAUCUCAAAAACCAAGCGUAGAGGAGCGAGUAGUGACCACAACAAGGCCUCAGAGGAGCAGGGGCUCUGCAAACAAACAGCUCAGGGCUGUCCAGCAGGAGAGAGAGCAGCUCAGAUCCGUCCAGCAGGAGAGAGAGCAGAUCAGAUCCGUCCAGCAGGAGAGAGAGCAGAUCAGAUCCGUCCAGCAGGAGAGAGAGCAGAUCAGAUCCGUCCAGCAGGAGAGAGAGCAGCUCAGAUCCGUCCAGGAGGAGUUCCUCAGGGUGAUCGACGAGGCUGUAUCUGCUCCUGAUCAUGUAGAGGGCAGGACACAGCUAAGGAGCUCGGAUAAACCCGGAGCGCCCGAGAGUCCCCGAACCCCGAAGAGGACUUCAUCUGAGGCUGAGUUUGAUCUCUGCUCUGCCGUGUUCACCUCCACCACCGAGCAGCACAGCACGGCUAAAAAACGACUCCGGGUGGCUGCGACGAAGGAUGAAAACACAACCAAGAGCGUGGAGACUGGGAAAAGGACGGCGAGAAAGAAGCUCGUGCUCUCGAAACACGAGGACACCGAACAGACACCGGCCAUUACAUCCCCCCAUAAAGAUCCGAAAAGUGUAGUCGACCACGGGUCAAAAGACUCACCUGCGAACAAGGAGAGUAUCUCCAAGCAGCCUACCACGAAUAAGAAAACCUUCUCCAGAGAGGAUGUGGCUUCGCUGAAGGCUCGUCUGCAGAAACUGAAGGGACAGGCUGAAGCGGCGAGUUCGCCGACCCCAGCACCCGUGUCUGCUCUCGCUGAGCUCAAAGCCCGACUGGACAGUGCCAGGGAGCUCGCAGUCAAAGCACAGCAGAGGAAGGAGGAGAGAGUGGUCGAGGAGGAGAAAAGCUCAGAGGAGCAGACCCAAAACCACAAAGUGAACGAAGGCGAGAAGCUUCCUGCUUAUCAGCGCUACCACACACUAGCUCAGGACGUUCCCCCCGGCCUCACCCUGCCCUUCAAAUACAAGGUUUUAGCAGAAAUGUUCCGCAAUAUGGACACCAUCGUCGGCAUGCUGUUCAACCGCUCGGAAACGGUCACCUUCGCCAAAGUCAAACAAGGAGUCCAAGAUAUGAUGCACAAGCGAUUUGAGGAGUCUCACAUAGGGCAGAUUAAGGCGGUGUACCCAUCUGCUUACACCUUAAGACAGGAGAAAAACAUCCCGACUUUCAGCUCUACAGUGAAGAAAUCCACCUACCAGCUCACCAUGGAGCCCGUCAUCGAAGAAGAAACAAAUGACACCCGGCCCAUCCUGUCUGUGACCCGUCUGCUGGAGAGGAGGCGCAUUUUUCAUCAGAACCUGGUUGAAAUCGUGAAGGGACACCAUAAGGUCUUCCUAGCAUCGCUGAACCCUGCUUUAGUUGUCCCUGAUGAUAAACUGACCCGCUGGCACCCUAAAUUCAACGUGGACGAGGUGCCCAACAUCCUGCCCAGUGAAUUGCCUCAGCCUCCGCAGACUGAGAAACUCACUACCGCUCAGGAAGUGCUGGACAGAGCUCGCUCCCUCAUGACCCCUAAGAUGGAGAAGGCUUUGGCUAACAUGGCCUUAAAAACCGCAGAGGCAGCUUGUUCAAAAGAGAGCGAGACCCCAGCAAAACCAACUGCGAUGCCCAUCCAGACCCCCAGUGCUCUCAAAGGAGUGUCACAGUCUCUGCUAGAGAGGAUCCGGGCUAAAGAGGCUCAGAAGCUUCAAGUGACUAUGACGAGAAAUCCUGAACAAGAGGAACGUCUGGGGAUGAUAACACGUCUGCCUGAGAUGGCCAGGAUUCUGAGAAACGUCUUUGUCGCCGAGAAGAAGCCGGCCUUGAUCAUGGAGCUGACCUGUAAUCGCAUGAUCGCUAGCUAUCGCUCUUCUCUCAGUGCAGGGGAAAUGGAAAAACACCUUCGUUUGCUGGUGGAGUUAGUGCCGGAUUGGCUCACGCUGCAUCCCAUCAGAAAGGAUUUUUACCUCAAGCUGAACAAGAACACUAACAUGAACCUGGUUUUGGAGAAACUGAACCAGAAGAUAAAAGAAGAGGAGAGACUCUGAAGAAGAGGUGUGGAUGAUGGACUGAUUGGAAUGAUGUGCAAUAGUUUCAGGAAUUUACUCCAUGUUUUUAUUCUUUAAACUGGACAUAGUGGGACUUGCUCCUAACUCUAGUCUGUGAGAAAAUACAGAAGAUUGUGUCAUUUUUUAUUCUUUGAAAUGGAGCAUUUUGUUGAUGUUAAGGUGGCUGUGUUAUAGGUUUGAGUGCUUGUAUUAUGGAGACGCACACCGAGCUGUGACUGGCAGCAGGUCAUGUGACGAGUCUUGGAGCUGCUUAAUUCACCAAUAAACAAGCUACUUUGAAUUCAGUCUUUUUAAUCAAUAACACAUAAUCGAUCAUUUGAGUUACUCAAACAUUCAUUUGCUUAUAUACAGCAGUUUCUGUAGAAGUCCAUGAUCUUCAAGUGCACAAUAUGUGCUGCUUAUCUGUUUCAGUCCACACUUACGGUCAUUAAAGGAAACCUCAACCCUGAUUAUUUACCGGGGGAAAAUCGCAAGUAACUACAGCUCUACUGAUAUUUAGCAUGAUGGCAAUUAACUGGCAUUUCAGGCACAAUGUUGUAAAAUGUUUUUCCUGCAUCAAUGAACAGUUUCCAUAGAAACCACAGCUGGAUAGAGAGGGUAGCAUGAGGAGGAAAGAAAAUCUCACAAAAGGCACGAAGUUAAAUGUUUUCGCAUCUACAUGGAUUUCUGCACUUUUAUAAAUGGAUCAUAAUGUCAAGAUUAAAUUAUUUAAUUGUUUGCAGAAUUUAGAUUGUACUUAUCCAGAGAUUUAUAGAAGUGCUUUAGGUUUUGAUCAGGAAAUCCAUCCUCCUGCUAGUAUAUUAGGUCUGGGAUUAAAAGUACCAACGGGAUCAUUUAGUAAAAACCAUUCUAUGAUGGUAUUAACAUUAGAAUAAAAGAAAGCAAGCUAAAACAUAAGUGUAAAUUAAGACAAAAAAUAAAAUAUGAU